AUGUUUUCCGUUAUAUUAAGCAUAAUUGUAAUUUUUCUCAUUUGGAAAUUAUUUAAAUUAAUAGAAAAGGAAUACAUUUUGUCGAAAAUUCCGGGUCCUUUCACAUAUCCGCUAUUAGGAAACGUUGAAGUUUUUGAACCGAUAGAAGUGACUCUUGGAAACAUAUUAAAAAGAAAAGAAAAAUAUGGUCCGGUUUAUAAAAUGCGUGCUGGUUUCCUUGUCGGUGUAUUUUUAACAAGAGCUCAAAAAAUCGAGGAUUUAAUUAAGGGUAUGAAACAUUUGGAAAAAUCUCACGUUUAUAAAUUUGUACAUCCAUGGCUGGGAACUGGACUUUUAACGGCACAUGGUGAAAAAUGGGCUUCGCAUCGGAAACUCAUAACUCCAUCUUUUCAUUUUACCGUUUUGCAAAGUUUCAUCGAAAUUUUCCAAGAAAAUUCAAAUAUAUUAAUUAAUAAAUUAAAUGAUGUGGCGGAUUCGGACAAAGCAGUAGAUAUAUUUCCAUUUAUUACUUUAUGCUUACUGGAUGUUAUCUGUGAAACAGCCAUGGGUACUAAAAUCAAUGCACAAACGGACAGUGAAAACGAAUACGUUAAAUCUGUUUAUAGUUUAUCAUCUUUGAUAAUACACAGAUUAAAUCGAGCUUGGCUUCAUCCUGACUUUAUUUAUAAUUUAACAAGUCACGGAAGGGAACAUAAAAAACAUCUCGACAUUGUUCAUAAUUUUACCGACAGCGUGAUACGCGCUAGAAAAUUAUUGUUUGAAAAUGAAUCCUCAACCAACUUUGAUCCCUCGGAAAAGAGGAAACUUUCAUUUUUGGACCUUUUGUUAAAAGCAUCCAUAAAUGAGGCAUCUACACCUUUAACGGACGUGGAACUUCGUGAGGAAGUUGAUACUUUUAUGUUUGAGGGACACGAUACGACAGCAGCCGGUGUAAAUUGGGCAAUUUUAAUGUUGAGUCAUCAUCCAGAAAUACAAGAACAAGCUUACGAAGAAGUAAAAACAAUAUUUGAAAAUAAAAAAGGAAAAGAUUUAACGUUAGGAGAUCUAUCGGAAAUGGCGCUCCUGGAAAGAAUAAUUAAAGAAACUUUGAGGUUGUACCCGAGUGUUCCGACAAUAGGACGACAUAUUGAUGAGGACACACAAAUAGGGGAUUAUUUAAUACCAAAAGGAAGUAACACCGUUUUAGUUAUUUAUGCAGUUCAUAGAGAUCCCAAAGUCUUUCCAAAUCCGGAUGUAUUCGAUCCUGAUAGAUUUUUACCGGAAAAUUCUGCGGAUAGACAUCCAUUUGCAUUUAUACCUUUUAGUGCCGGACCAAGAAAUUGCAUCGGGCAAAAAUUUGCUAUGUACGAAGAAAAAGUAGUUUUAUCAAAUUUGAUAUAUAACUACAGAUUCGAAUCCGUUGGAAAAUUAGAAGAUGUAAUUAAAAUUCCAGAACUUGUUUUACGUCCUAAAAAUGGUAUACCAGUCAAAGUUUAUAAAAGAAAUUGA